UUGAAGACCCGUUUUGAUUAUCUGUCUUAAACCCCCACGCAAAGAAACGAAGCGAGACACAAAAAUGGCGAGGAAUUCUGGGGUUCUGGCGCGACAAUUGCUUGGCAAUCGCAACAAGCUCUGCGCAGCUCUUCUCAAUCAUCAUCACAAGCUUCCUUCUAAUUCUUUCCAUACCCUAGCUUCAAUCUCAACCACACCAUCUUCAUCACACACAACCCCUUCCAAUUCCAAACCUUUCUCCAAGUCCGUUCAUCACUUCUCGAACCCUCAUUUUCUGCAACACCGACCCCUCUCCUCACCCUCAGGCCCCUCAAACAUUGUCCCCAUUAGGUCAGAGAAUGAAUAUCAUAGCGCAAUUAACAUGGUUCAAGAUAAAGCUUUGCCAGCACUCUUCUACUUCACUGCAGUCUGGUGCGGGCCUUGCAGGUUCAUAUCUCCAGUCAUUGGAGAGUUGAGUGAGCAAUACCCACAUGUGACAACAUAUAAGAUUGACAUUGAUGAGGAAGGCCUUGCAAACACUCUGGGCAAGCUGAAUAUUUCCUCUGUGCCAACAUUCCAAUUCUUUCAAGAUGGGAAGAAGGUAGCUGAAAUUAUUGGUGCUGAUGUUGCACGCAUGAGGAAAACUUUUGGAAAACUCUACAAGCUCAGUGAAGUGCAGUCCCAUCUCAAAGAAGGAGGAAGAGGAGAUAGAGUUGGUGAGAACUCUGGUCUCAGCGAAGAGACGGGCGGCGAGGAACAUAGUGAUGCCAACGCUUCUUCUGGAGUCUGGGCUUCUGCAAGUGGCAUGUGUGCCGAAGAGUGUAACUUCGGUAGUAGAAGGGUCGCCGAAGGUGGCAAGGUGGAUGAAAAAAAGAGGCAGCAGAAGCUUAGAGAAAAAAAAGAGAGGGAGAAGGCCCUUAGGGCCAAGAAGGCGAAAGAGAAACUGGCGAAGGGGCUAGCCAACACGUCCGAGGAGGCGGAGGGGCGUGCUCUUGAGAAGCGGUGGAGGGAUGGUGACGAAGGGCUGUCCGAGUUGGACAAAAGGCAUAUGGGAUUAGAGACAGUUAUCCAUGACGUCAUGGGUAGAAUAGAGCUGCCACCCUGUGAUCUAGACCCUUCACCGAAGCUACCGCUAGGCCUAGAUGAGCUGUUCCCCGAGGGCCCAGAGGACAUAGACUUCACCGUGGUUCGGCGGCAGAAGUCAGUCUUGUUUGUUGCCAACGCCCUAGCCAGGGCACAGAGAGAGGUGGCGUUGGCCAGGCGCCAUUCAGAGUCAGCGAAGGCUGCUACUACCGAGGCUCAGGCUUACAUUCGAGAGAAGAAUGCCCUGCAGUUGAAGGUAGGGCGGUUGGAGAGGGAGCUGAAGAAGGUGUCUCGCCGACUAGAGGCUGCCGAGGAGGCCAGGGUGGAGGCUGAGAGAAAGAAGGCGGAGGAGCUGGCUGCGGCUUGUGCUCAGGCAGUAGAGAAGUACAAGGUUUCUGAUGAGUAGAUUAGAUUAAAAAAGAAUAUUGUUUGUAUAAAAAAUAAAAACAAAAAAAAAUUUAGGAAAUUAAACAUAGUAGAAUUUCGACCAAAACAAAAAGAACAAAAUUGUAUUGUCGGGCUGCUAAAACAACUUAACAAGUCCAUAUGGCAGAGUGGUAUAAAUUUUGCGACAAAAGAGUUUAGCUUUUGGUGUGGAUAAUAUGAUUUUUAUUUUUAUUUUAAAA